CACAGUGAGAAGCUUCCCUCUUUAACCACACAUAAGUAAAUAGGAAAAGAGGCUCCAAUAAGUUCCAAAGCUGGGAUUUUUAUACUUAAUUAAUACAAAGUCAGAGUUGUUUUCGAUCUGAUUAUUAUGAGACUGAGAUCCCCACACAGAUGAGGCAGAAGAGGAUCUUCGCAUCAGUUUUUUGCCCCCGAAGGAGAAGCUGCAUGAGCCCCUUCUUUCUUAGGGUUUUGGUGAGGUUUUGCAAUGGAGAUCAUUAGCUUGGUGUCACACUUAUGGGCCUUAACGUUUAUACUGUCCUUCGCCUCCACUACCUCCUCUCCGGUUGGCCCACCCAAACCGAUGGCCGAAGCCACCGCCGAUGAUCCCUUCAUGCCCCACGCCUACUCUCGCUUCCCCGAAGUGGAGAAGCAAUGCCGGCAAUUCCUCUCCUCAUCUGCCAAAAUCGAAUUCGAUGUCAAUAGAGUCAACGGCUUCAAACCCGAACUCUCCUUCUCGAAAGGGGAUUGGUCGCAAGAACCUGGCGAUUCUGCCCUCAUGCCGUUCGACGGAAGUGAUGCUCUGCCAAAGUCCACUUCCCUUCCCGACCCACUUCUCCUUGCCACCUUCAUGCUGACCCACAUCGACCUGACCCGCCAUUCCCCUAAUGCUCUCAAUGUAAGUGGAGCUUUAGCCAUCGCCAUUUCUAGAAACGGUACCUUCCCUGAAGUGGGCAGGUACUUGGCUCCCGAAUUUCAUAUUUGGCCUGGUAGCUCCGAACUUAGAAUUCUUUUCGAAGGUGUAUACACCGAGUCAGAAAAGAAUGGGGGCGAGAGUGUUGUAUGCUUGUUGGGAAAUGCUUUGCUCCCUUCUCGUAAAGAUGAAUGGGUUAGAAUAUCUGGGUCGAAACAUCUCCAGCCUCCUGUCUUGAAAGAUGAUCGUAUAUUGCUUAUUCUUCACUAUCCUAAAACCUUCACCUUGACCAGUCGAGCGGUGAUUGGAGAAAUGAGAAGCCUAAAUGGUUUUUCAAAUCCUCGAUACUUUGAUCUUGUUAGAUUGUCUUCACAAUUGGGUGCUUAUUCAAACUACCAGUUUGGGGCAGAAAAGCUCAUUUCGAAAGCCUGCACACCUUAUCCUUAUGAGGACGAUGUCGCAAAAGGGCAGUUGGAGGUGUACAAGGGAGCUUUUUUCUGUGGGAUUCUCAAUCGAUUUGUGUCCGGAGAAAUUCUCAAUGUUGUUCCAAACUGGAACUGUAAUUCCACCGACGAUUACUGCAGUAAAUUGGGUCCUUUUGAAACUAAUAAAGAAAUUAGGGCAACCGAUGGGGGAUUCGCUAAUGUCGGGAUCAUAAUGCAAGAUGUGAGAUGUGAACCACUAAUUGACCAAAACAAUGCAAGCUCCGCUAAGGUUUCUGCAGUGUUCAGAGCCGUUCCUCCAUGGGAGAAUCAGUACACUGCGGGACAAAGGUCCGGGCUUAAUGGCUUGUCUCUCUCGGCCGAGGGCAUGUGGAAUUCCUCAAAAGGUCAACUUUGCAUGGUCGGCUGUUUAGGUCUCGGUGACAAAGAAUGCAACUCCCGCAUCUGUUUGUAUAUUCCUACAUUCUUCUCUAUCAAGCAACGGAAUAUCAUAUUCGGUACAAUAUCGAGCAUUAAGGAAAACACGCACUUCCCAUUGUCAUUUGAAAGGCCUAUCCAUCCCUCACAACUGUGGACUAAGUUCAGUGCUUCCCCAUUGAAUCAAUAUAAGUAUUCGAAGAUCAAGUUGGCGGGUGCUUUUCUAGAGAGAAAUGAGCCCUUUGACUUCGGCUCUAUUAUUAAGAAAUCGCUCCUUAGUUAUCCCAGAAAAGGAGAUAAUAGUGAUGAGCUAGCCAGUCUAUCCAAUCUUGCCGACGAUCUUACCCUCCACGUCCCUGCAGUUGGCGAUCCAAUACCCAAAAAUCGUACGCAAUGGCCAUUUCUUCAGCUCGAGAUCCUCUCUAUAGGGCCGUUGGUGGGCCGCUAUUGGGCUUUCCAGAAUGCAUCUGCAUCUAAAAGUACAGCUUCAGCUUCUCCAAAAGCUUCUUCCACAGAGCGGGAGCUGCUAUUGAAUGUCUCAGCGGAGCUCACUCUCUCAGGAAAGAACUAUACUAAUGGCUCCUUGCUAUACUUAGAGGGCCUUUAUAAUCCGAUCAACGGGAAAAUGUAUCUGAUCGGCUGUAGGGAUGUCCGUGCUUCCUGGCAAAUACUAUUCGAGAGCGCGGAUCUUGAGGAUGGCCUGGAUUGUUUGAUUGAAGUGAAGGUCGAAUACCCACCAACAACCGCACGGUGGCUCAUAAGCCCAUCAGCAAAGGUCUCAAUCACAAGCCAAAGGAACGAUGAUGACCCUCUUCAUUUUAAUUCAAUUGAGCUACAAACUCUUCCGAUUUUGUACAGAGAGCAGAGAGAAGACAUACUCUCAAGAAGAAGUGUGGAGGGACUUCUUCGCAUUUUUACGCUGUCGAUUGCAAUCUUUUGCAUAUUUAGCCAGCUUUUAUAUGUAAAAAAGAAUACUAAUGACGUUCCUUACAUGUCUCUUGUCAUGCUUGGUGUUCAAGCUCUUGGUUAUAGUGUCCCUCUCAUCACUGGAGUCGAAGCAUUAUUUACAAGAUUGACAUCUGAAUCGCUCGAUUCCCAAUCGUACGAUCUCAACAAGAAUCAAUGGUACUGGAUUAUAGACUACUUGGUGAAGAUUUUGAUACUCGCUGCAUUCCUUCUCACAGUUCGGCUUGGCCAGAAGGUAUGGAGGUCCCGAAUAAGAUUACUAACACGCAGUCCACUAGAGCUGUGGCGGGUCCCUAAUGACAAACGGGUUCUCCUAUACAGCUUCGGGGUCCAUGCAGUUGGUUUUCUUAUAAUAAUCAUUGUACAUUUUAUUACUAAUUCUUAUAGACCGGCUCGCCAAGAGAUGUACAUUGAUUCAAGCGGAAACAGCCAUAAACUGCGAGAGUGGGGAAUUGAGCUAGAGGAGUAUAUUGGGCUCAUUCAGGACUUCUUUUUGCUUCCUCAAAUUAUAGGCAAUUUUCUAUGGCAAAUUAAGUGCAAGCCUUUGAAGAAAUCCUAUUACAUCGGAAUAACAGUUGUCCGGAUUCUUCCUCAUGUUUACGAUUAUAUUAGAGCUCCCAUUUUCAACCCGUAUUUCUCGGAGGAGUACGAGUUUGUGAACCCGAGCUUGGAUUUCUACUCCAAGUUCGGUGACGUGGCGAUCCCAUUGGUUGCUGUGGUGUUUGUUGUUGUGGUGUAUGUUCAGCAGAGGUGGAACUACGAGAAGCUUAGCGAGACACUUCGAUCGGGGCAGAAGAAGCUUCUUCCUAUGGGGUCAAGAGUUUAUGAGAGGCUGCCGUCACUGUCGUCGGCGACUUUUGAAGCCGAGCUUGUUUCUGGUGUGAAUGAGAAUGAAGUCCACAACAAUUUGCGCGAGAAUAGAGGCUAAUAACUGAGAGAGUUUUUUUUCUUGGUUUCUUUGUUGUAAUGUUUACUUCGGUGAGUUCUAAUUUCGAGGUAUUAGAGAGAGAGAGAGAGAGAGAGAGGGAGUGACUGAGUAACUUGUCUAAUUUUCUCUUGUAGAACCCUGAUGACUGAUGACUUGUUGAAAUGUUAGAUCUGAGUUUUACAUAUUUUAGAGUUGUACUAUGAUUCUUGAGGUUUUCUGAUGAAGAGUUUAUAUUUUGUAUUAUC